AUGAAGUUCGCCACCCUCGCCGCCGGAGCCCUCUUCCUCGUCGCUCAAGUUAUGGCCUACGACGCCCCCGCCGAGCUCGUCAUCGAUGUCGUCAACAAGCCCGAGGGUUGUAAGACUCUAUCCAAGUCUGGUGACAAGUUGUCAAUGCACUACACCGGUACCCUCCACAAGACCGGCAGCAAGUUCGACUCUAGCUUGGAUCGCAAGUCGUCCUUCGAUUUUGUCCUCGGAAUUGGUCAGGUUAUCAAGGGAUGGGACCAGGGAUUGGUCGGCAUGUGCGUUGGCGAGAAGCGCAAGUUGACCAUCCCCGCCAGGAUGGGAUACGGCUCCCGCUCCAUGGGCGCUGCCAUCCCCGCCAACUCGGCUCUUGUCUUUGACGUUGAGCUCCUUCGCAUCAACGGCAAGGAUGAGCUGUAA